CAUGGUGGUUCCACUAAUGCAUAUACAGCUUCUGAACACACAAAUUACCAUUUUGAUGUAAAUGUUGAUUCCUUUGAAGAAGCCUUGGAUAGGAAUCUUGCCUGUGAGAUCUGACCAGAUCAGAUCGAUCUGAUUAGGAACUUAGAUUUGAUAAAGAAUUAUGUAGAGCCUAAUUAUUCUGAUUGGUGAAGAGAUGGAUUGAGAGGGAAAUUCUAAUCCUUGUAGUUGGUGGAGAACAGUUGCGAUGUUAGAUUGUCUGAUGUUGCAAGGAACCCAAUGGUGAUUGAAAAAACUCGCCUGUUGAAGGUCACCCAAAAGAUUGAGACUGCAAAACUUCUGGUGAUGGAUGAUUUGCAAGUCCCAACGGCAACACCUACAGCAGGAGAGCACCUGGAAAGAGAGACAGAAACAAUGAGAUCCUGGAGACAGCUGGUAAUCUUCACCUGCAGAGAUCAGGACAGAGAUCUACAGUUGUAAAUUGCAGGAACUCUUCAACUGCAGAGAUCAUUUCCAAAGAUCUGCAGAUAUUUUGCUUGAAGGAGAUGUAUUUUGGGUAGAAGGAGCAUCUGAUGGCAGAGAAACACACGCUGGGUGAUGAAAGGGAAAAAGAGGUGCAGGAAGACGUCUGGUGAUCUGAUUCCAUGUUAACAGGGAAUUGGAGAUCAACUCCUAAUAGUCCCCUUCUACCCAUAUGCAUAUAUAAUACCAAAUGAUGCCAUUCCUGUACCUCAAAUCUUCACCAUUAGUUCGCCAACAAAAAUAAUUGGUGGUUCCCACUUCCUGAACUAUUGGUACCACUGUGGGUAAGAUUCAUGGUCAUGAAUCUGUUGGCAUAAUUUCAUGAUGACAGCUAGAGCCUAAUGGGAUCCUCUACGUUUUAUAUCCGUGUUUGCAGUCCAACAUCAGCACUGUUACUCAGUACUAUUACUCCAUUUCUUGAUUAACAAGAUAUGCUAACCUUUUAUUUUCUGUGCUUUUCCUCUGCUAUGUGUUUUGCAGAUUUGCUCAAUUUUUUAUCAGUCCUUUGAUGUCUCCUGAUGCUACCCUUAGGGAAAUAAAAGCUGUUGAUUCUGAGAAUCAGAAGAAUCUACUCUCUGAUGGUUGGCGAAUGUCACAGCUCCAGAAGCAUUUAUCUUCGAGAAACCAUCCAUAUCAUAAAUUUGGGACAGGCAAUUGGAACACGUUGGAGGUUCAACCAAAAUUGAAUGGCUUGGAUACAAGGCUUGAACUUAUUAAAUUUUACGAGAAGAAUUAUUCUGCAAAUCUGAUGCACCUUGUUGUUUAUGCAAGAGAGGGUCUUGAUGCCAUCCAAAGCCUGGUUGAACAAAAGUUUUGUGAUAUUCAAAACAGUGGACGAAAUAACUCCUGUUUCCCUGGUCAGCCUUGCUCGUCUGAACAUCUGCAGAUUCUUGCAAAGGCAGUUAGGAUAAAGCAAGGACACAUACUGAGGAUCGUUUGGCCAAUUGCACCUACCAUACAGAACUAUAAAGAAGGUCCUUGCAGGUACUUAAGUCAUCUUAUUGGACAUGAAGGAGAAGGAUCUGUCUUUUUCAUUCUGAAGCAAUUAGGAUGGGCAUUAAGUUUGGAAGCUGGGGAAGGGGAUUGGAGUUUAGAAUUUUCCUUUUUCAGUGUUUCUAUUGAACUCACUGAUAAAGGUCAUGAGCAUAUUGAAGAUAUUGUUGGGAUAUUAUUCAGAUAUAUUGAUCUUCUGCAGAAUUCUGGAGUUAAUAAUUGGAUUUUUGAUGAGCUUGUUGCAAUCAGUGAAACACAGUUUCACUAUCAAGACAAGAUCUCCCCAGGCCGUUAUGUUGUGAAUAUCGCAUCAAACAUGCAGAAUUUUCCACCUGAAGAUUGGCUUGUCACAUGGUCAUUGCCUUCAAAUUUUGUUCCAAAUACAAUUCAGAAGAUAUUGGAUGAACUGACUCCAGAAAAUAUCAGAAUGUUCUGGGAGUCUAAAAACUUUGAAGGAUGUACAGACUCAGUUGAGCCUUGGUAUGGCACCUCUUACAGUGUUGAAAAAGUCACAGUUUCUAUUAUCAAGCAUUGGAUAGCAAAAGCUCCUGAAGUUGAUUUGCAUCUUCCAAAACAAAAUGUAUUCAUUCCAUCAGAUUUGACAAUAAAAAAUGCUCAAGAGAAGCAGGUUAAGUACCCUAUUCUCUUAAGGACGUCAAGUUUCUCAAGAUUGUGGUAUAAACCUGAUACCAUGUUCUCGAUGCCUAAAGCUUACAUCAAAGUUGAAUUUAAUUGCCCACCCUCGAUUGUUUCUCCAGAAGCUGAAGUUCUUACUUAUAUCUUUACAAAAUUACUAAUUGAUUAUCUAAAUGAGUAUGCAUACUAUGCCGAAGUUGCUGGUCUUUACUAUGGCAUAUACAACACUAGCACGGGAUUUGAGGUGAUUGUGGUGGGUUAUAAUGACAAGAUGCAAAUCCUCUUAGAAACAAUAGUUGGUAGAAUUGAGCAAUUCGAAGUGAAGCCUGACAGAUUUUUUGUGAUCAAGGAGUCUAUUACCAAAGAGUAUGAGAACUUCAAAUUUCAACAGCCAUAUCAGCAAGCAUGGCACUAUUCUUCAUUAUUGCUGGAUUCCAACACUUGGCCUUUGAAUGAAAAACUUGAAGCUCUCCUACAUCUAGAACCAGAUCAUCUUUCUAAAUUCUCAAACAUCUUAUUGGAAAAGGCAUUUUUAGAAUUCUAUACUGCAGGAAACAUCGAACCAAGGGAAGCAGAUUCAAUUGUUCAGCGUAUUGAGGACGUAUUGUUUAAAUCUACUCAUCCUAAGUGCAAACCUCUUUUCCCAUCCCAGCAUCUUGCAAACCGAAUUAUAAAGCUUGAAGAAGGUUUACGUGUCUACUACCCUGCUGAAGUCUUGAAUAUUAAAGAUGAAAAUUCUGCUCUGAUCCACUAUACUCAGAUACAUCAAGAUGAGAUCAAGCUUAAUGUUAGACUUCAAUUGUUUGCCCUAAUAGCGAAGCAAGCAGCAUUCCAUCAGCUUCGAACAGUUGAGCAACUUGGUUAUAUAACUGUGCUUACGCAAAGGAAUGAUUCAGGCACAAGAGGAGUGCAAAUUAUAAUUCAAUCUUCAAUAAAAGAUCCACCAUACCUUGAGGCUAGAGUUGAUGCUUUUCUAGAAAUGUUUGAAAGUAAACUUCAAGAAAUGACAAACGAAGAAUACAAGAACUACGUUCAUGCCCUGAUUGAUAUGAAACUUGAGAAAUUCAAGAACUUGUGGGAGGAGUCUGCAUUUUAUUGGAGAGAAAUUGUUGACGGAACUCUCAAGUUUGAUAGGGUAGACUCUGAGGUUGCAGCAUUAAAGGAACUUGGCAAGGAUGAAUUGAUAGAUUAUUUCAACAAGUUCAUCAAAAUCGAUUCACCACAAAGAAAAACACUGUGUGUCCAAGUCUACGGCGGCCCCCAGACUGCUGAAUACAAGAAGGUGAUACAACAGGAAGAUACGCCCAAACUUCAUCGGAUCAAAGAUAUAUUUACCUUCAGAAGGUCAAGGCCCUUGUUUGGUUCCUUUAAGGGGGGCCUCAGCCUCACGAAACUGUGAGCUCCUUUAAGAUGAACAGCAACCACAAAGCCUCCCCAUUCGAACCUCAUGUUCUCAUUUCUUAAUCCAUUUUCUUGUGAUAAUCUUAUAAACAAGUCGAUACCGACUACCAGUCUACCAUAUAAUUUUCCAUUCAGAUUGCCGCAAGGAAUGUAAUAUACAAUGACAAACUCCUUUCCACUCUAUCUGAUUGUUUCAGGAUGCAAUUAAGGUAUUUACACCACUUCUCGUAUAA